AUGGUACCGAUGAUUCAAUCGGGACUUUUUGGUGGCAUAUCAAAGCUAGCUUCAAAAGUAACUAGUGUAGUGCCUGCUGAUGCGGCUAAACUAGCAGCUAUGACACCGCAAGGACAAGCACUAGCUGCUGCAAGUAAUGCAGCGGGUGCUAUCGCUCCUGAUGCUGCUGCUGCCGCUCCCGGUGCUGCACCUACUCCUGCUACUCCUCCUGUCCCUGGGGCUCCUCCAUCGCCUCCUACUCCUCCGGCAUCUCCUACACCUGCUGCACCCGGGGCUCCUACACCUGCCGCGCCGGCUGCUCCUCCUGUCCCUGGUGCUGCACCUACUCCUCCGGCAUCUCCUACACCUGCCGCACCUCCUGCUGCUCCCGGCGCUGCACCUCCUACACCUGCCGUGCCGGCUGCACCUGCUGCCCCUGUCCCUGGGGCUCCUACACCUGCCGCGCCGGCUGCUCCUGCUCCUACUCCUCCUGCCCCUGGUGCUGCUCCUCCUACACCUGCCGCUCCCGGCGCUGCUCCUCCUACACCCGCUGCUCCCGGGGCUGCAUCUCCGGCGCCUGCUGCACCUCCUGCACCCGCUGCUACCCCCGGGGCCCCGCCAACUCCUGCCACACCAGGUGCUCCUGCACCCCCUACUCCUCCUGCAUCUCCUCCGGCAUCUCCUGCUCCUGCUACUCCCGGCGCUGCUCCUGCUACUCCUCCUACACCCGCUGCUACCCCCGGGGCCCCGCCAACUCCUGCCACACCAGGUGCUCCUACACCCCCUGCAUCUCCUACACCUGCUGCUGCAUCUCCGGCUACUCCCCCAGCCACGCCAUCGGCUACACCUCCUACACCUCCCCCUACACCCCCGGCUACACCUCCACCCGCCCAACAUAACCACCGCAAACGGCACCAUCCACGUAAACCACACAAGAAGCAUAAAUCACGCCCUCGUUAUGAUGACGAUGAUGAGGAUGGCGAUGAUGAGUAUGGUGAUGAUGAGGAGGAUGACGAGUACGAUGAUGAAGAAGAAUCUUCAAACCCACCGACAACAGAUCCCUUAUCUUCUUCAAGUCAUGGUUCAACUAUUAGUGGCGAAGGUGCAGCAGGAUAG